ACUUCUCUAGAUGCAUCUAUCGUAAACCUCCUAAAAACCCCGGAGACAAGGUGUUCUCCCCUGAAAGCUUCCCACCGGCUCAGGAGCCGAUGUUCCAGAGGGACCUGUACAAAUUGCUGGUUUACGAAACGAAGAUCGUGAAGAGCCUUCAGAAGUUCGUUACUUUCUCUCAGGCACUCUUGAAUAGUAUCCUUGCCGAUCAAGACGUUCAGCAUGUGUUCCACAUGUCCCCAUCGGAGCAGGCAAUAGUCAAGCACAGCGGAUCUUGCUAUGUUCUGGGCCGCAGUGGUACGGGUAAAACGACCACUAUGCUGUUCAAGAUGCUCGGAAUAGAGCGCGCUUGGGACGCUAUCCGCGAGGAUUCGAACGACAGCUUCUCCCGACCGCGACAAGUCUUUGUCGCCCAGUCUCGCGUUCUCGCAGAGAAGGUCGAGGAAUAUUACCGAAAGCUGGCAGAGUCGCACGCAGUGGCGACAAGAAGUGCACAAGAAUCUGUGCAGAUGGGAGCACGGAAGCAGAAUACGGAGGAUCGGGCACUUGUUGACCAGGACGAGGAAGAGUUCUGGCGUGGCUCGCUGCCGAAGAGGUUCAGUGAGCUACAAGAUGAACAUUUUUCGUUGUUCGUCACAUUUGACCAUCUCUGCCAGCUCUUAGAAGGAGAUCUUUGCACCUACAACAAGGGCGAAUUUGCGUUUUCUGUGGCUGAUGAUGACAGCACUGUAGAUCCCUCUGCUGUCGCGAGCGAUUAUAUGCUACAGCGUCGAGACUCAUUCGUGUCCUACGGCACUUUUCUGCAAGCCUACCGGUCUCAUCUUCCUCAGAAUCUCACCAAGAAUCUUGAUCCUGCUCUCAUUUUCGCGGAGAUUAUGGGUGUUAUCAAGGGGUCGGAAAGCGCACUCCAAACCGCAGAAGGUCAUAUAGACGAAGGGACGUAUGUCUCACUCAGCCACCGUCAGCAAGGGAUGUUCGCCGGCCGCAGGGAAGCGGUAUAUGAGCUGUUCUCAGCGUAUCUGCGGCUGAAGCGCCAGCGCAGGGACUGGGACGCUGCCGAUAGAACACAUGCCAUCCUCCGCGGAUUGGACCAGAUUGGCGUCCCGGGAAAGAAAUUGGAUUUCAUGUCUAUGGACGAAGCCCAGGAUAAUCUCCUCGUUGACGCGCUUGUUCUGCGAACUUUAUGCAACAAUCCUCUUGGCCUGUUCUGGGCCGGAGACACUGCCCAGACAAUCUCAGUGGGAAGUUCGUUCAGGUUCGACGACUUAAAGGCUUUCCUUUAUCGCCUAGAGCUUGCUUCCUCCCCGAAGGGCUGUCCUGCUAAGUCUCCAGAAUCUUUCCAGCUCACUAUAAACUACCGUUCGCACGGAGGCAUCGUCCGAUGCGCUCUUUCCGUCGUGCAACUCAUCACGCGGUUCUGGCCACGUGCAAUCGACACUCUGACUGAGGAGAAGGGAGUCGUCGAGGGCUUGAAGCCUAUCUUCUUCAGUGGGUGGGAUCAGGAUACUGUGCAGUAUGAGCAGUUCCUAUUCAGCGCGUCAUUGAAUUCAGCGCGCAGCAAUGCCAUGAACACGCUUGUGGUUCAGCUGGCGGACGACCUCGAGAGCCUGUACAACUCGGAGACGGAGAAAUACCAGGCUGCACAUGCACGAUGCGGUGUGGAGAAGGUCAUCGAAAGGUUUGAUGAAGCAUUGGCCCGUUCUGACUGGCCGUCGGGCCCGGAACGCAUCAGAGAGGAGCAGUACCCCAGGCGGUCAGUGAACGCUUCCACAAAAGAGUGGCAUCAGAACACAAUAGUAUCCUAUGGUAGAUGGGUCGAGAACGAGAGCGGUGGUGUCGACCCCCUCCCCACGCCAGAGCGUGUCCCCCCUAGUAAGCCCCGACCAACGCGGAACUUGCCUCUGCCAACGGGAACAACUGGCGGUCCACUCACACGUGCACGCGGCAAGGUCAUGGCACGAGUCGCCUCUACGCCUCCGCCAUCGCUUCCCACAGGCCCUCAGCUAUCGACCUCCACCGGCAGGGAGGGCCGCGCACCCAGCCAGAGCACGUCCAACGGACUGUCGCGCACAUCCGCAGCGUCGUCCAGUCGCGGCCUGCGGCGCAAACGCAGCAUAAACGAGGAGCCGGAGGCGGGGACGUCCACAAAUCGCACAAAACGGUCGCGGACCGUGGACCGAGAAACCAAGAGAGGGCGUGGGGGGAAGAAGAGGGGAACAUGAGUUAUGCCACUGCACCCGUAUACUAUCCUAUACGUAGUACCUUCGGAUGGGUUGUAUCUGUAAGCCGGUGUUGAUGUAUCCUUGU